AUGUCGCUUGCUUUGCUUUCCCAACGUGUCGGUAGCCAUAACGGGGCAAGGAGUCUGAGGCCCGCGCCCCACUAUGCCUCCCCGCUGCAGGUUGGGCCUCGUCGCCCCUUGUUUGUCACUUCCUCCAGCUACAGUCUCUGGGUCCUAGCCCAGGACAUGCAAAAAUGAAUUCCCUGGCUUCUGGGAGCUCUUGCUGACGUAGGAGCCAGCCCUGAAAAUCAAAAGUAGGAAUUAUGGGCAAAAUAUUAGGAAAACAAGAAUAUCUAACAGUCCUGUCAAUCACCGCAGGCUUCCCAAAGAUUCCUGCUGCAGCCUUUAGACUGAAACCGGGUAGUGGCCCCCCGGGAGGUAAAGGUGAGCUGGCUGGUGAAGGGUUUUUGAAAAUUUUGGACAUAAGUGGUGUUUCCCCACCCUUCCGCCCUCAAUUUUUCUAUUUAUUUAUUUGGUUUUUUUCCUAAAGACAAUGCGGGUUUGCAUCUCUACCGAAGAUGUUUUACUGAAGAUGCUAGAAGUGGAUUCUAGUACAAGCUCUGUACUAGAAGAGAAUUGUUGUAGAAUUUCUGUAUAAAGCAAUCCUGGAGUAAGAGAUUAGGGUUUGGAAUAUGGACUAGCAGACUUGUUCUUUGUCUCCUUUUGGGUUCAUGAUGGAACCACCAGAUAAUAAAGACAAAUAAAUGAUUAUUUCCAUUUACAUAAACAUGAUACAUAAGUGGAUUGUAGAGUAGCCAAAUGUAGAAAUUUUUUUAGAAAGAAUUCCAAUCAAUUGUUCCAUGAAUGUUGGAGUGUUUCUUUCUUCCAUCAAAUAAGCUGAGGAUUUUAAACACAAACACACAUACACACAUUCUUUUUUCUCAUUAAUAUUUAUUUGACUGUUUCACUUGGGGUGGCUUAAGUGGGGGCCUGAUAGAGAUUAUAGUGUUGCAAAAUAUUUUACACCCAGAGUCGCUUCAUGUCUCUUCCACUGUUUAGCAGUGAGUGUAAAAAGAAUUCCUCUAAAUACAAAAAAGGAUUUAUUUUUAUUUUCCUCUUAUCUGAAAAGUGGCAAAUAAUGAUUUUUCAUCAUUAUUCUACGUGAAUUCUAUAAUUCUGUGAAUUUUAUUUAAUUGUGACACAGAGAUUUAACGUGGUUGCCUAUACAUCCAAAGCCUCCUUUUUUACUUCUCUCAAAUUGAAUGUAUAAAGUUUGCUUCAAUUACUAACAUACUGUUUUUUAUCUUUUGUUAUCAGUAGCUCUUAUAAGCAUUAAGAGACAUUGAGAAAAUAAAUUUCAGAAACAAGGAUUAAUGAAAACAAUCAAGCCAUUAAAUUUUAAGGGUAUGGGAUCAUUUAGUCAAAACUCCCUUUCUGAAAAGAUCAAGACUGAAAUUUUAAAAUCAUCAGUCAGGUGUCAUGACUCCUAUGUGACAUACUAGCAGAUGCAGAAUUUCACUUCUACAAAAGGAUACAGUCCUACAAGGGAAUGGAAUUAUUAGCCAAGUUUUUAUCUUAAUACAAAGAUGAUCUAAACACUAGGAAGACUAAAGGGGAAAAAAAGAACAGGAGCUACUGUUAGGAUUGCAGAGCAACUUAAGUAAGUUGUGUGAUAGAAGAAAAGAUUAUUUUUAUAAAGAGAGAAGAACUAAGUAGGAAGUAUGUGUCCAAAAAAAAAAAAAAGCACAGUUGGCCAAUUCAAGUAUAUGAAGUUUUUUUUUUAAAUGUAAACGUGGCAUUAUGAAUGAUAUUAAAUUGAUUAUGAAUUGCAAAUGAAUUGUUGAAUGCUUUACUGUAAAUUCUCUAAUACUGUUCCUUACAUGUCCCUUCUAUUAGGUCACCUAUAGACACUGCUUGCCACUAAAAGGUGAUAUCUGUAAUAUACUAGUAUUUUUUAGUCACAAAGAGGCUUUUCAGUCAUGGAGGCUGUCAUUCAGAAGAGGUGGAUAAUGCUGAUACCUCUAAGAAUUGAAGCAUAGAAAGAACAACUGUUGCUUCUAACUUUAGGAAGAUGAUUAAAACUAUAAAAAAGAAUCAAACUUAUGUAUUUUUUUCUGAGGAAAUCAUGUGUGUGUGUUUUGUAUUGUUUUGUAGAAGUUUGCUAAUAAAGCUAUCACCAAAGGUUAGAAACAAAAUCAAGUAGAAGAAAUGCUUAUAGUAUGGCAUGUGGGAACACCUCUACAGCAGAUAGUCUUGUGUUAGGGGCUAUCCAGAUUAUGAUUGGCAUUUUUCAUAUUUUCAUGUGGUAUUUCCUAUUGGUUUUGUAUAUGGGACAAAUUAAAGGAGUCUUUGGGACAUAUGAACCUAUAACUUACAAAACAGGAUGUGCUUUUUGGGGAAUUUUUUAUAUUGUGUCAGGAGCUUCCACAAUAAGAUCAACACAGAAAUCGAGUCAAUACCUGACGAUAUGGGCUUUGAUCAUGAACAUCUUCUCUGUAAUUACUGCAUUUAUUGCACUAUGUCUAACAGUACUUGAGUUGUCUACUUUUCAUACUGUGUCAUAUAGGAAUUAUGGACAAGCGAAACUAGGGAGGGAAGUUUCACGUAUUUUAUUGGCUUCGUACCUCUUGGAAAUUGGUAUUGCACUUGCACAUUCAAUCUGCUGCUGUGCACAGUUGAACGAAACAGAAGAUCAGAGGACCCCACGUCGUAGCAGUUCCCUGAAACUGAACAAAAAAACCAGUUCUGCAAGGGCAAGUAAAGAACAAACAGAGGAUCUGAGGAAACCACAUUCUCGUAGCAGCUUCCUGAGUCUGAGCAAAAAAUCCAGUUCUACAAGGGCAAGUCAAGGUAGGAAGGCUAUAGAAUAACAUCUAACCCUUAUGGUCUGGAAGAAUAUAAAUAUGUGCCUGGAUAUGCACACUAUAGAAACUGGAGAAAGCUCUAGUGAGUUACCUCUAGCUAAACAGAAGCCAUGCAAAGUAAAGUAAAAGCUGCAAUAGACUUAUAAGAGGCCUAAACUUUGGAAAUAUUCUUCAAUUCACAACAAACAGAGGGUCUGAGGAAAACACAUUCUCAUAGCAGCUCCCUGAAACUGAACAAAUAAACUAGUUCUACAAGGGCAAGUCAAGGUAGGAAGACUAUAGAAUAACAUCUCUUAUGGUCUGGAAGAAAAUAAAUAUGUGCAAGGGUAUAUGCACAAAGGAACUGGAGAAAGCUCUAGUGAGCCACUCACCUCUAGCUAAAAAAGAAGCCAUGCCAAAUAAAGUAAAAGCUGAGACAGACAAUUAAGUAGCCUAAGCUUUGGAAAUACUUUUUGAUUCAGAACAAAAUGAGGAUCAGAGGACACUAAAAACUCAUAAGAGCUCCCGGAAAGUGAUCUAAAAACCAGUUCUGCAGUGGUAAAUUAAGAUAGGAAGACUGGGGAAACACUGGUAGACAAUACAAAACUAGCAACCAGAUGAAAACCUGAAGUACUGGUUUCUAGACUAUAAAAAGUUAAUAAAAGGAGGCAGUACUGGUGGGCAUGGUGGCUUGGUGGUGGAGGGAGCUCCCCUCCAAUAAGCUGAAAGACAUUCUCCCAUCAGUUUUAGACAGAGAGGCUGAGCUGGCAUGGGAGAACCCUCAGCACUCUGCAGAACAAAGUUAGUGAAAACAGGGAAGUGGCAACAACUUUGGAACCAGAGACUGGAAAUCCCUGCAGUUUACCUUUAUUUUCCAUAUUUCUCUAUUUUUCCCUUUAUUGCCUUGUUCUAGGCAUACUUUCUUUAUGAAUAUUCAAGACCAAUCAGUCACUUAAGCUUUAUUUUUCACUGGAUCAUUGGGUACCCAUGCACCGUGCUGUGAGUCAGUGUGGGCACAGGAAGGAGACUAAUAUGUGGGAGAAACAGUGAUUGAAGGAGCCAUGACUGCUUAAUGAAAUUGACACUCUGAACUCUGGAUAAUGAACAUGGCUGACAAGGUGUAACUGGGACUGAUCAUGGUUAGGUAAAAAGCAGCAAUUCCACAACAUCCUACUUUGGGCCCUGCACCACCUCCCCCAUGUCCAGAAGGAUAUAGAGAAUAAACUGGCACAUUCCACAACUGCCUACACCCCCAUCCACCCCCACCCCCUUCCCACAGACUGAUGUUCUCAGACAAAAGGGUACAAAACAAUGCAGAUUGGUCUACAGGUACAUGGUUGAAAGGGUUAGCCAACAGAACUGCCAGAUUUACAUUUCCAUCCCUGGUCACAAUAGCAACCAUUUUGAGAAUGAGAUCUGCUCUGAAUCUUACGGUACUUCACUAAUCGAAGUUAUAGGCAAGGAGGGAGUAGACUUGAGUACGUAAUACUCCUCUUAACAAGUUUGGCCAUUUUGACUCAGAGCUGACAAAAACAGAACAAUAAGUCUAUCAACCUUCCUCAUAGCUGGGAGAGUCUAAAUUCAAAACUCUGAAAAGUCAGGUCUCCAACUUUAAAAUCUCAACAAAAAGAAAAACAAAUUUUUAGUCAAUUAAUUGGGUCCUCUCUCAAUACUUCUUUAUUUUGCUCUUAUCUCAUUCUCUUCUCUCCUUCAUCCUUUAUUUAUCUUUUGUUGCCCCAAUAUACUUUUCUCUUUUUUUCUUUUUUCUAUUUUUUUAUUCUUCCACUUCAAUUUAGUACACUAUCAUUAAUGCUUAAUAUUUCCAGAACAUUCUAUAUUAUUUCUCACUCUUCUCUUUGGUCAAUACAUUGUAGAGAUCAUUUAGAAUAACAUAGGAUAUGUUGAUAUAAAGUUUACUUUUAAAUUGCCUCUGUUACUAGCAGUUAUUCUCUCAAAGUUAUACUGGUGGUUGAACUUAACACUUUGAUUAUGCUGAAGCUAAGAUAUCCCCAGCCCAGGGAUGAUUAUGAGAUAACUACUCACUAAAGGACCCCCACACAAAAGGAGAAGAGGAAUUCAACUCAAUGGAUGUACAAACAUAUGACCUCAGAAAACAUAGUCACCUCUAAUAGUUUAUAACCUUCCAAUAAUUAAGUCAAAAGAUACUGAAGUAGAUGAAAUUCUGAAGACAUUUUUUAAAAAUGUUUAAAUGAUCAAGGAACUAUAAGAAAAUCUUAAGUAAUGAACUUAGGAAAUACAGAAUAUACAGGAUGUGAAAGAGCAUUUCAAUAAAAAUAUAAAGAAACAGAAAUCCUGGAAAUAUAAGACUAAAAAUCAAAUGAAAAAUUUAAUUGAAACUCUCAAUAACAGAUUAGAUCAUGUGUAAAACAGAAUUUCAGACCUUGAAGACAAAAUAUGUUAACUUGAACACUCAGAAAGAAAAAAUAAUCAUGAUCAGAAUACAUAACAACUCUGGGACAACAUUAAGAGACCAAACAUAAGAAUCAUUGGAUUUAAGGAAGGAAUGUAGAUAUAGACAAAUAAUAAUUAAAACAUUUUCAGUGAAAUAAUAGAAAAAUUUCUAAACAUUGGGAAUUAGAUGGGGAUCCACAUACAGGGCAUUUAAAACCCCACACAGAAAAGAUUAAAAAAGAAGGUCUCCAUGAUACAUUAUUCUUAAAAUACCAAAUAUAUAGGAUAAUAAUAGAAUUUUAAAAGGCUCAAGAGAAACAUAUCAGAUUAUAUACAGAGGUAAUCCAAUCAAAACAACAUCUGAUAUAACUCAACAAAAACCCUAAAAAUCAGGAGGGCUUGGAAAAAUGUGUUUCAAACCCUGAAAGAAAAUUCCUUUAAACCAAAAGUGCCAUAUCAUGCACAGCUACCUUCAGAAUCAAAAGAGAAUGAAAACCUUACAAGAUAAGCAUAAAGAAUCCAUGACUACUAAGCCAUCAUUAUGGAAAAUACAUAAAGAAACCCUGACAGAGAAAGUUAAAAUCAAAUACCAGAACUCAGGAAAGGGUGAAUCUCAUUGGAAGAGUAGUUAAGUAAAAGUAGUUAAGUAGUUUAAGUAAAGAGUAGUUGAGUAAUAGGUUCAAAUUAAACAUAUUUAUAAUAACACUGAAUGUAAAUAGUCUUAAUUCUCCAGCCAAAUAACAGACUGGCAUAUUGGGUUUUUAAAAACAAGGUCAAACUGUAUGUUGUUGGGAAAAGACAUACCUCUCUCAAGCAAAGACAUCCAUAGCUGAAAGUGAAAAUUUGAAAAUUGAUAUUCCACGCAAAUGCAGCCCAUAAGCAAGCAAGAGUAGUGACUCUCAUAUCUAACAAAGACGACUUCAAAUUAGAAGGGAUAAAGAAGGUCACUUCAUACUGGUGAAGGGAUUCAAGUCAACAAGAUGAUAUAACAAUAACAAAUACGCCGGAAACGAAUAAAGUAAAUCAAACACUACUUGAGAAAAUGGCUCUCAUAGACCCCAACAGAAUGAUACUGGGUGAUUUUAAACGCUUUUCUUACCAACAGAUUGGUCAGCCAGGUAUAAGUUCAGUGAAGACACUUCAGAAAUUAAAAAAAUAUAUAUUAUAAAUUAAAUGUACCCAACACAUCUGUAGACUAUUUCAUCCAACAACAACUGGGUUUACUUUCUUCUCAGCUGCUCAUGGAACUUCUCCAAAAAAAGACCACAUUUUAGGUCACAAAGCAAGUCAUAAGAAAUACAAAAAUAUCAAUAUAACUAGGGUCUAUUUUGAAAGCUUAUAUUCCAAUAAAUUGGAAAGUCUAGAAGAAAUAGACAAAUUUCUAGACAUGUAUAAUCUACCAAAAUUGAAACAAAAGGGGACAGAAAACCCAGACUGGUGACAAUCAGUGAGAUUGAAGAAAAAAUAAAAAGCCUUUCAACAAAUGCCCAGGAUUGGAUGGAUUCACAUCUGUAUUCUACCAGACCUUUAAAGAACUAUUGCCAAUGCUUCUAAAAUUACUCCAGGAAAUAUAACAGGGGAUAACACCUAAUUCAUUGUAUGAAGCCAGUGAGAUCUUGAAAGCAAAACCAGAUAACUACACAUUAAAGAAAGAAAAACUACAGGUCCCUAAUCCUUAAUAAAAUACUAGAAAAUCAUAUUCAAAAACACACUGAGAAGAUUAUACAUGACUGUAUAAUCAUGUUAGUUUCAUUCCAGGGAUACAAAAAUGGUUCAACAAAACAAAUCAAUAAAUUUAAUUCACCACAUAAUAAAAUUAAGCACAAAAGUGGGCUGGGUUGUGGCUCAGCGGUGGAGUGCUUACCUAGCACAUGCGAUGCCCUGGGUUCGAUCCUCACCACCACAUAAAAAUAAAUAAACAAAAUAAAGGUACUGUGUACAACUAAAAAAAUAAUUUUUUUUAAAAAAAGAACAAAAAUCACAUGAUCAUCUCAGUAGAUAUUUUUAAAAAAUCUUUGGCAAAAUUCAGCACCCAUUCUUGAUAAAAACAUUAAAGAAACUAGGAAGACAAAGAUCUUACCUAAACAUCUUAAAGACUACAUGGGAGCCACUAUAAUAUUAAAUGGGGGGAAACAAAGCAUUUUAUCUAAGAUAAGCAUGUAUAUAUACCUUUACCUCUCCUAUUUAAGAUGGUAUAUGAAAUUUUAGCCAGAUCAGUCAAAGCAAGAGAAGCUUAAAAAUGGGGUACCAAUAGGAAAGGUAGUUAAAUUAUCACUGUUUGCAGAUUAUAUGAUCCUGCACUUAGAAUAUUUACAUUACUCAAUCAGAAAGCUUCUAGAUCUGUUGAACAAAUCCAGCAGUGUAGCAGGAUAUAUAAUCAACAUAUGAAAAUCAAUAGCUUUUCUAUGUACCAAUAGUGAAUAUGCUGAAAAAGAAACUAGGAAUCAAUUUCAUUCCCAAUAGCCUCAAAAAAUAAAGUAUCUAGGAAUAAAUCUAACCAAGGAGAUGGAAACCCUCUACAAUGAGAAUUAUAGAAUAUUAAUGAAAGAAACUGGAGAAGACACAGAAGAUGGAAAGAUCUCAAAAUUCUUUUUAGGCAGAAUUAAUAUUGUUAAAAUGGCCAUGCUACCAAAAGCAAAACACAGAUACAAUGUAAUCCCAAUCAAAAUACCAAUAACAUGUUUCACAGAACUAACUAGAAAUGAACUUUCUUAAAUUCAUAUGGAAGAAUAAAAAUACCCAGAAUAGUCAAGACAAUUCUGAUCAAAAAGAACAACCACAGAAGCAUCACUAUACCCAAUUUCAAAUUAUGCUACAGAGCUUUAGUUAUAAUAACAGCAUGGAAUUGGCAUAAAAAUAUGUGUGUAGACCAAUGAAAUAGGAUAGAAAACACAGAGACAAACCCACACAGAUGCAGUCAUCUGAUUCUUGACAAAAAUGCCAACAACACUCGUUGGAAAACAGGCAGCCUUUUUAACCAACAAUGCUGUAAAACUGGAUAUCCAUGUGUAGAAGAAUGAAACUAAAUUCUUAUUUAUCACCUUGAAAAAAGGUCUAUUCAAAAUGGAUCAAGAACCAGGGAUUAGUACAGAAGCACUGUAGCUGCUAGAUAAAAACUUAGGGUCAACACUCCAACACCUUGGUGUAGGCAUUAACUUCCUUAAUAAGACUUGUUAAAGCUCAAGAAAUAAAAACAAGAAUCAAUAAAUGGAAUAGCACAGCAAAGGAAACAAUAAGAAUGUGGAGAGCCUACAGAAUGGGAGAAAAUCUUUUCCAACUACUCAGAGAAUUAAUAUCCAGAAAUAUUUUUAAAACUCAAAAAAUAUCACCUAAAAAAUAACCCAUUCAGAUGUAUGCUUUUUAUCAUAUGUGGAAGCUAGAGAGGAAAAAGGGUUGGGGCUUGGGGACAUGUGGUUAGAUCUCAUGAAAAUCAAAAGGAGAUCAGUAGAGAAAAGGGAACAAUAGGUGAGAACUGUGGAGGGAGGUGGAGAGUGCUGGGGAGUGAUAUUGUCCAAAUUAUAUUGUUAUAUUGUGUGCAUGUACAAAUAUGUAACAACAAAUCCCACCAUCAUGUACAUAUAUAAUGCAACAAUUUAAAAUGUGGGGAAAAAAUGAAACUUAUGCUCCACCAAUCACAGUGCUCAAUAGGACUUUAGUUUUAUUAUCUUCAACUACUCACUGAGAUACUCCAAAGGCAACAGUUCAAACUUUAACCAAUCAAAUCAUUUCUUUGUUCUGUUUGGCAUUCACCCUAUAAAAGCCUUGCUCUGGGGCUCCUUUAGCAAAGCCAAAGCACUUUUGUAUUGGAGCUGCCCAAUUCAUGUAUCAUUGACUGCUUAAAUAAAUGAACUAAAUAACAACAACAACAACAAUACUAAUCCAUUAAACAAGAUGAGACAAAUGGCCAACACAUGCAUGGAAAAAAUAUUCAAACACCAUUAGCAAUCAGGAAAAUGCAAAUCAAAACUGUAAUGUAAUUUCUUCUCACUCCAAUUCAAAUUACAGUCAUCAAGAAUACAAAUAAUAAUAAAUGCUGGCAAACAUGCAGGGGAAAAGGAACAUUUACACACCCCUGUUGGCAUUGUAAAUGGGUACAACUACUAUGGAAAUCAGUAUGGCAAUUAUUUAAAAGAGUAGGAAUGGAAUGAACAUAUGACCCAGCUACACCACUUGUUGGUAUUAGUCCAAAAGAAAGUCAGCAUACUAUAGCAAGUUAUAGAAUCAGCCUAGAUGUUCAUCAACAGGUAAAUAAAUUUUUAAAUGAGCAUGCAAACACACACACACACACACACACACACAUAAUGAAUUUAGUCAGUCAUUUGCAGAAAAAAAAAUGGAUGGAAAUGGAGAACAUAUUGUUAAGUGAAAUAUGCCAGACCAAAAUCCCAAGUGAUGUUUUCUGCAUAUUUGGAAGCUAUUGAGAAAAAAUGGGGACAGGGAAUCUCAUAAAAAUAGAAGGGACACCAGUAGAAUAGAGGAUGAAGUUCAGGAGGACAGAGAAGGGGAAGGAAAGGGCACAUACUUGGGAGUUAAAUUGAACAAAUUAUGUGCAUGUACAAAUAUAUCACAGUGAAUCCCACUGUUAUGCAUAAUUAUAAUGUAUCAAUUAAAUUUUUAAGAAAUAAUAAAAACUAUUUUUCAAGCUGAACUAGUUCCUCAGAAAAAGGUAGAAGUCUUUCUAUCUUAAGGAGUAUAAUGCUCUGCUAUUGCUGACAUAGCAAAGUACCACAGACUAUGUGGCUUGAACAACAGAAAUUUAUUUUUCUCACAACUCUAGAGGCUAGAAGUUCAAAAUGAAAGUGUUUAUACUGUUAUUUUCUUAGUUUAAGGCCUCUUGCAUAGCUUUGGAUGACUGUCUUCUCCCUGUGUAUUCACAUGGUCUUCACUCUGUUUAUGUCUGUGUCCUAAUUCCUUACUGGAUUAGGGUCCAACUAAGGACAUAUUGUAAAUUCAUUACACUUCAGAGACCUAAUAUCCAAGUAUUGUCAUAUUCCAAGAUACCAGGAGUUAGGACUGUAAUGUAUUAGAGCUUUGUGGACAAGUGCAGAUCAUAACAAGGUGUUUAAGUAUACCCUCUGACUAGUCAUUGUCUGAGUACUUAGGCUGACCCAGAGAGAAGCCUAGGAAGCUAGUCUUAAAUAUAAAAACCAAGAAUAAAAUAAAAUGAAAAAGUGAAUAGAUGUAUUACAGGCCACACACUGCAAGGGAAAUAGAAUCCAUACAAUUAGUGCAAACAAGUUCCUAAAGCAAUAACCACUGCCCUAUAAGAAAAUUAAUCCAUUGGAAUCCAAAGUUGCUUUACCAUGUUAUCUAAAAUGUCCUAUUUUCUGCAACAAGAAAUACCUGAGAAGCAAAGUAUAAUGAUUUGUACCCUGAAAAGACCACUCAAGAUAUAUUCUCAUCCUAGAAGGGAAGGGGAAAUGGUAGAAUUAAUGAAGAAUUAUAUAAAAACAAAAACAAAAAAACUAAAUAAAAUAUGUUUGAGUUAAAAGAUGACAGCACUGACUCAGCAAAUAAGACUAUCAACAAAAGACAUAAUAAAAAUGGACAUUCUGGAUUUUAAGAACACAGUUACUGAAAAGAAAAAUUCACUACAGAGCCUCAAGAGUAUAUUAGAAUGGAUAACAUAAAAUCAGCAAACAUGAAGAGAGUACAAUGAAAAUCAUUCAGUACUAAAAACAGAGGGGAAAAAGAAAGCCUCAGAAACCACUGGGACACCAGUAAGUGUAUAAUGGUGGUCCCUUAGAAAUUGAAGAGAAAGGGGGGAAAUGAAGAAAUAAUGGCCAAAUAUUUCACUAAUUUGAUGGCAAAUAUUAUCCUAUACAUUCAUGAAUUUGCAACUACAAUAAACACAAAGAUCCAUUCCUAGACAUCUCAAUCAUAAUUAUGAACAAAGGGAGACAGAAAAUCUUGAAAUAUUAUCCUUCAGAAACAAGGGAAUGACAAUAUGGUUAACAGUUGACUUCUCAUCAAAAACAAUGGAGGUCAGAAUAGUGGGAUGGCAUAUGAAAGUGCUGGGGAAAAGAACACUUAAGCAGGAAUUCUGAAUCCUUUAAACUUAUUCUUCAAAACUGAAGAUGAAAUAAAGACAUGCACAAAUGACUGCAGAAUGUGUUGCUAGCCGAAAUACCUUAUAAGAAACACUGAAGGAAGCUCUUCAUAUUAAAAGAAAGUGAUGUCAGAUGAAAUUCAAAUGCACAUGAAUGAAUAAAGAGCACCUCGAACUUUUAGCAUGAAAAUACAUAUGUGGAUAAUAAAUAAAUGGCUAUGCAUUUUUUUCAAUAAAGUUUUGUUCCCCAAAAUAGGCAGUGGGCCAGAUUUAAUUUAUAUGUCAUAGUUUACCACCCAUGAUCAAUAGGUAUAAAAUUUUAUUUUAUUUUUUUAUGGAGAGAGAGAGAG